UAUACCCAGGAACCAAAACCCUAGAAGAAACAAACCCUCAGUCCCCAAUUCAGAAUUCGCAGAAAGAGGGGAAGAGUAAUUUUUCAUCAGAAGCAGUAAUCAACAAUGGCGAAAUCAAUGAGAUCGAAGAGGGAGAAGAGGCUGAGGGCGAUAAGGAGAGAACUAGUGGAGCCGAUUUACGAUAAGAAAGACGCCGCUAAGCUUGCCGCGCAGGAUGCUGCUCUCGCCGCCCCCAAGCUUCCCGUCAAGCACAUCCCCACCGUUGAUUCCGCCGCCAAUGAGCUCAUUGCCGCCGCCGCUACCUCUUUCGCUAACCACAACGGCAUAGAUGUGGAGAUGGCUGACGGCAAUCAAAGCGGAAAGUCGUUGAAGCCGAUCGGCAGGAAGAUGAAAAAGAAGCUCAAGAUUUCCAAAAAGAAGCAUCAAGGCAAGGGCAAGAUCAGAAGGAAGAAUAUAUAAUUGUACCAUCAAUCGAAAAAAAUAGAACCUUUUUAUCGGUUACAUUUCUUAUUUUUGUCUACUUGUAGUCGUACGGUGACCUAGACACCUAGUUUAUUUGUUUACGAAACUUGGAUCUUUUGACAUUGGUUCGAUAGUGGAGAUGUAUGAAUUUCUUUUCAACACUAGUUUGAAUUUGAGAUGAUGUAUCAAACCUAUGAAUCUAUCUUUUUUUUUUAUUUGAA